CUUUCUGUGUUGCAGUCAUUGAUUCAGUGUCGCUUGCUACAAGCUCACAAGCUUUUACACCAAAGUCAAUUCCCGAUGGCGGAAUAAACAGAGCUAUUAUUGGAUGUUAACCCAGUAACUUCACAAAUCGUAAAUCGAUGUCUUUGUCCGAUUUUUUUAUUAACCCAACGGUGCCCCUGAGCUCUCGGCAGGGUCUACGCCGAGAUGUGUACAUAUUUUAUGAAGUUCGGCACGUUCAUAUACGAAGGCAGGACGCAAAAGGUGGUGUUCGGGAAUGGAAACUGCUUGAGCAUGGAGCAGUCGCGGGCUGCUGAGCUCUCUACACCAGCGGCCUUCUCCAUCAGUCGGAUUUUAGGAGAGGCAGGUCGGAUGAGGCCGCGGGCUGGGGAUAAUGAAGAAACUGCAGUAAGAUAUCAAGAGAAUCCUCCACACAAUAACAGCAAUGCGAAGACCUUUGUGCAUUCGGAGAUGGUGGAGGAGGAAGCGGCUGAGGGCGGAAGGAUGGCGACAUCCUGUGAACCUGGAAGCCAGGAGAAAGCGAGGAGCAGGCGGGAGAGGAGGAAGAAGGCGAGGACGGUGUUCUCUCAGACUCAGCUUUUGCAGUUGCAGUGCACGUUUGACCUGAAAAGGUACCUGAGCAGCGCGGAGAGAGCCGGGCUGGCUGCCGCCCUGCACCUAACAGAGACCCAAGUCAAAAUCUGGUUUCAGAACCGGCGGAACAAGUGGAAGAGACAGCUCGCCAAUGAACUCGAAUUAGCACAACUCGACACCGAAUCACAGGCCCUGGACCCCUUCAUGUCGGUCUACGAUCGGGAAAGCGUGCUGCCUGCCUGGGGAGACUUGAUGCCUCCUCCCACUCCUUUAUACACAAGCAUAUGUGUCCCUUACUACAGGGCACUGCUCCCACAUUCUGGUCCUUUCCUCUCCUAUGCUACGUUGGACAAUUAUAGAAUUAUUUAAUAUUAGUCUAAUCCCGAAUCUCACAGUUACGCGGAUCUUCGUAGGCAAUUUUGUGCGCUGGAAACACCAUUGUUCAGGGAUCCUGUUUUUUGUUUUGAGAAACAGGACGGUAACACUGUCGGCUACAUACUAUGUUUGGGUAGCGAGUGUGUCGAGAGUUAUAUCGUUAUUACAUGCAAUCUUGUUCCAAACAUUUUCUUGAUCUAAUCCUGGCUGUUGCUAAAUGACAUGGCUCUCCCAGUCCCUGGAGCUCCAAUCACCCCCCCCACAAAAUAAGACAUCAUUCUGAAAUGGCUGAAUUGAUUCUGUAAAUGAGCGGAGAACACAGAGUAUGUGAAUAUGCUAGAAAAUUAGAAUAAAACUGUCAAACACUCAGCAGGUCAUGAUGAGUGCUGAGAAGUUAUCAUAAUUUCAAUUUUUUGUCAUCUCUCCAACGUUUUGUUGGCAUUGUGUAUACAUUACUUUGAGCCAAUACUGCCAUUUUCACCUUUUCGUUUGAAAACAACGAGCCAUUUAGUAUAUAGAAACUUAACCAUAAUUUAGAAAAUAAAGUCUAUGCCUGUCACUGAAUCUGUUUACUUACGAAUUAAGCUGUAUGAUUAGAUUCCCUACAGCGUGGAAACAGGCCCUUCAGCCCAACAAGUCCACACCGACCCGCCAAAGAGUA